CUCCUGGCCAUGUGGCUGGACGAUAGUGCCCUUGCUGGAUCAGAUGACCGGGGGAUUUUGUUUAAGUCGAUCGCGGCGGAAGAACUAAAGCCAGGCCAGGUAAGCACUGGACAAGGCCCUGGUGGAUCGUUAUCAAGCCUUGUGGUUGAGACGGGUCGAGAGAGCUAUUGCCGCUGUCUGGUAACUGCAUCACGAUCACGGAUGGUGUGA